UGUCGUCUCGUUGUCUUGUCGUUCCAUAAACUUUAAUUUUCAUAGGAAGGGCAUUUUUCUUUUUUCCGUCGAGUUGAUUUUAUUUUUAAAAAAUAUCCAUUUAAAAGUGCAUAUUUAAUUAAAAAGUCGUACUUAAAAUAAACUUUGACUGUCAAAGUUGAAGUUGACUAAAAAACAUUCAUUAAAAACUUUAAACUUGAUCCAAUUGAAGAAGGCUGAAAAAGCUAAAAAAAAGAACAAACCUCAUCUCAACCGAAAACAAUUUCUUGAGGUGCACCACUAUCUAUAGCUAAGCUACGUGCUCCGCUGAUACCACACACAAAAACAGCAACUCUAUUUUUGUAAAGAAAAUACAAAAUUACCCAAAAAUCGAAGAGAAAUUCAACCGAUAAGUCGAAGAAGAAGAACAAAUCCAGACAAAAAUGACUGCAACAGAUCAAAUGCGACAAAUGCUGGACCAAUUGAUGGGAACUGCACGAAAUGGUGAAGGUGGACGUAAUUUAAAAUUUUCUGAUCCAAAAGUAUGUAAAAGUUUUCUUCUGGGAUGUUGUCCUCAUGAUAUUUUAGCAUCAACGCGCAUGGACCUUGGCGAAUGUCCAAAAGUCCAUGACUUAGCUUUCCGUGCUGACUAUGAAAGUGCUUCAAAAAAUCGUGACUAUUUCUAUGACAUAGAGGCAAUGGAACAUUUACAAGCCUUCAUCGCUGAUUGUGAUCGUCGCACUGAAGCAGCAAAGAAACGUCUUGCCGAAACCCAAGAGGAAUUGACUGCAGAAGUUGCUGAAAAGGCCAAUGCUGUGCACGCGCUUGCCGAGGAAAUUGGUAAGAAACUUGCAAAAGCCGAAGCUUUAGGUGAAGCCGGAGAGGUCGAGGAGAGUAUCGCCCUGAUGAAGGAAAUCGAUGAACUUCGUGCGAAGAAAGUAAAAGCCGAACACGAGUACCGCACAUCGAUGCCAGCGUCGACGUACCAACAGCAAAAGUUGCGCGUCUGCGAGGUCUGCUCGGCCUAUUUGGGAAUUCACGAUAACGAUAUUCGUUUAGCGGACCAUUUCGGAGGAAAGCUGCAUUUGGGAUUCAUGGCAAUCCGAGAAAAACUAUCCGAACUUGAGAAAUCCGCCGGGCCACGAAAGGCCGAUCUGCGUCGAGCAGGCAAGUACCACGAACGUGACGAUGACAAACACAAGUCCAGAUAUUUCGUUGGAGGUCGGGAAUUGGACAGACGUUCCCGUGUCCAUCGUUCACGCAGCCGUGAACGCAAGCACAAAUCUGGCAGACGCUCUCCCAAAUCCCGCAGUCGUAGUCGCAGUCGCGGACGCAGCAGCAACCACCACAGCAGCAGUACCAGCAAUCGCAGGAGGUCACCGUCCCGAGACCGGUAUCGUCGUUAGGAGUAGUCUGAAGGUUGUAACCAUGCAUAAUAAUUGUUUCGAGAAGCACACUCAUCAUGCACACACGUAUGUAGAAUGGUGUCAUCUGUUUUUAGUUUUCUUUGUAAACUAGGAUAAUUAUAAUUAAUCUUUAAAAAGUUAACUUAACAAAAAAAAAAACUCUUUUCUCAUAAAUAAUAAUAAUAAUGAUAAUUUUGUUUUUGAUCGAACGAAGACGAAAGGACGUGCAUAAUUCUUCUGCUCUCAUAUCGGUGGUCAGUAUAAGAAUUACUUAUUUUUUUGCAUCUCUUAAUCAAAAAUUUUAAUCUUUUGUAUUCGCGGUUCUGUUUUUACAAAAAAAAGGAAACGUGUUUAAAGUUACAAAAGGUAAACAAAAAAAGAAUUAGUAAUAAAAUAGAACGUACACACAAUCGGCAACGUUAUGUUUAUGUUUUCAUGUAAGUUACUCCAAUAUAAUUAUUUUAAUCAAUUACAAAAUAUGAAUAAAGAAUAAAACCAUAGAGAAAAUA